UUUGCAGUGUUCAUUUCGAUUCUUAUUUUAUCUAAUCUCUUACGAUUCUGUCGCAGGCACCGGCAUUUAAUGGUUUAAAUUUACCAAAUGGGGAUAUCCCGUUUUCCGCUUUCAUGUAUCCUGGAAUAUUCCCUCCUCAACAGGAUCAAGAACCGAUGGAUCGUGGGCCCGGCUUAUAUGCUGUUCCAGUUCAUCCGUUUAUGCAGCCUAUUGUCGGAAUUCCUUCCAAUGCUCUCAUCCCGUUUACCUACAAUUUGCCAACUACUUCUCCGGUGAUCAGAGACGCGGUACAACCAGUGGACCCACCGGAGCAGCAGCAGCAGCUACAGCAGCAGCAACAACAACAAGUGGGACCCGCCGGAAGACGAGUUGUUGUCAGGGAAUUUCGAAUUGCUAUUGCUAUUCAGAUCGAUUUGUGGCUUUUCAUAAAAUUGGCUACUGCUGUUUACAUGCUUAGCCGAGAUGGAUCCAGGCAGAGGCUUGUUUUCCUUUCGUUUCUUGCUGUAAUUUUUUACUUAUACCGAACCGGAGCUCUUGCACCAAUGAUACGAAAACUUAAGCGAAGAAUGCGAAGGGUAGUUGGGCCCCACCACCCACCACAAAGGGCUGCUUUUCGAGCAAACAAUUUACCUGCUGACGUGGUACGCGGAGAUGUAAAUGCUGGCGUAGCAGGAGGGGUAAAUGAGAAUAGGGCAACUGAGAAUGAGCAUGCAGGAGAAGCUGCGCAGGGAGAGGCGGGCAACAAUCGGUUGCGGAGAAUCGUGAAAGAGAUUCAAAUAAUUGUUGUUGGUUUCGUUGCUUCACUUAUUCCUGGCUUUUACAAUGAUUAGAAUGUUAAUUAAAGUCGAAUUAUGUAUUUACGUAGCAAUAGGAUGUUUGUAUGGAUGUGAUUGAACUGUUAUAAAUGCUUUUGCUGUCUUAACUGUGGUAAGAUGAAUGUGAUUAAGACUGGUUUUGUAUGCUUAUUUAAUGAUGAUGAUUAUUAUUAGUGGUAGUAUUAUGAUUAUUAUUUAU